UGCAGAAAAUGGCCCUCAACUCUCAGUGGUGGCAGAACAGUCAAAGGUGGUGUCAAGGCGAGGAGGGAACGCUACUUUACCUUGCAAGAUCCAAAGAGACCAGUCACUGCCACCCAACCGCAAGAUGAGGAUCAAAUGGACCAAGCUGACCUCAGAUUACCUGAAAGAGGUGGACGUUUUUGUUGUCAUGGAUUAUCACAAGAGAAGUUAUGGCAGUUUCCAUGGACGGGUGCACCUACAAGGCUCUUCACCCAUGGAUGCCUCUCUGGUCAUCACAGAAAUCACCCUGGAGGAUUAUGGGAGAUAUAAAUGUGAAGUAAUUGAUGGGCUGGAAGAUGGAACAGUGGUGGUGUCUCUUGACCUUGAAGGGGUUAUCUUCCCAUAUUAUCCUCGCCUGGGUCGCUACAACCUCAAUUUCUACGACGCUGUGCGGGCAUGUAAUGACCAGGAUGCCAUCGUGGCAUCCUUCGAUCAGCUGUAUGAUGCAUGGAGAGGAGGAAUGGACUGGUGCAAUGCUGGCUGGUUGAAUGAUGGCUCAGUUCAAUAUCCCAUCACCACCCCUAGAGAACCAUGUGGCGGCAAGAACACAGUACCGGGCAUUCGCAACUAUGGCCUGAGAGACAAGGACAAGAACCACUACGAUGUCUUCUGCUUCACCUCCCAUUACAAAGGCCGGUUCUACUACCUGAUCCAUCCCUCUAAGCUGACCUAUGACGAGGCUGUCAAGGCGUGUCAAAAAGACGGAGCUGAGAUUGCCAAGGUUGGCCAGAUGUAUGCCGCCUGGAAGCUGCUGGGUUAUGACCGCUGUGACGCUGGCUGGCUGGCCGAUGGCAGUGUCCGUUAUCCCAUCUCCAGCCCUCGCCGGCGCUGUAGUCCCACAGAAGCUGCCGUCAGGUUCAGCGGCUUCCCCGACAAAAAGCACAAGCUGUACGGAGUGUACUGCUUCAAGGGCUAUAACUAAAACACAAAAAAGACAUACAAACAACCUGCGCACACAGACAGCACACAUGAGCAUGCACACACACACACACACACACACACACACACACACACACAAAUGAGAGAAAAAAAGAGGUUUGUACAAAUGCAUUCAAACUGUGAUACUUUUUUCAUGGAAACCUUAUGACAUGUCAGACAGAGUCAGUUGUUGAUUUGUAAUCUUGGACCCCAUACUCUAUGAGGGUUGGUUUACACAUUAAUCAAUAGAGUGCUUCAGGGAUGAUGUGUUUUUUUAAGCCAAUGCAGAUGUUAACAUCACACUGGUUCCCUCAAAAAAUUAAAAAUAAACAAUUGGAUUCUACCAAUCAUUUUAUGAUUAUUAUAAUAAGCUCUUAUAAAAACAAAAGUUCAUGAUACAUGUUUUGUUCCCCAAUGAACAUUUUUAGUCUAAAUGUAAUCACCAGAAGAAAAAUGCUAAUGUUAGGGUAUAAACCAACUACAUCAUGUACACACAACUUCAACACCACCAAGCUUACAACUUGUAUGACACAUAACUCUUGGGUGGGUGAGUGUGUACUGAUGUAAUUUAUUCAUGAAAUAAAAAAACAAACAAACACAGAUUCAGGGCCAUGGUACUCGAAGUGCAUAGAUACAAACUUAUUCAUGGAAUAUAGGACUCAUUCCUGCAGCACUCUAUGCAUUUGAGAGGGGUGGGUUGACGGGGUGGGCUACAGCCAUACUGUCAUUCAAGAAUGGACAAGGCAUGUGAAGUAACAAGGAACCACAAAUCUAAACUGAGAACAAUUUAACAGAAAAAUGUCUCAUGGUUGGAACGAUACUUUGGGCACUUAUCUUGUUUUAUUCAAGACUAGGAACAACUGCAAAGCCAUGAAACGCAGCUGAAAUGAGGCGUCAACAGAGGUCGCUCAGAUCCUCUCGUACUUGUCAGAUAGAAAUGCAAGCUUAGCACAACCAAACUGAUUGUUGCUGUCCAUUCUUAACAAGGUGCUACAACUGGUACUUUGUACUUCAUCAUAUCGUCCAGUAUUUUAGGUUUUUAUACAAAUGUGUUGGACCAAACAUCAGUCUCAUCACUAAAAUUAUUAGAAAAAGGAACAUCCAAAUGUUAGCAUUGUUUGUUUUCUAAGUAUGUAGAAUGUGAUUAUCUAAAGAUGUAUUUCUGGUUAUGAAUAUUUUUUGAUAUAGUGUAGAAAUAUUUACGUUAUUUUGUUUUGUCUUUCUGGCCAAACUAUCCAAGUCGCUUUGGUUUACAUGAACAACAGUGGUAAAAGUACAAAAAUCCACAGUCCUAAAAGAAGACAUUGAUUUUGCACUGAACAUAAAGGAGAUAUCUAGAAAAGAGGACGAUGCAAACAAUAGUUCAUCUUAUCUGGCAAUAGAAGAUGCCUAGCAUUAAUAGGAAAAGUAUUGUGUUGCAGAGUAGUUACAAUGAAGUAGACCUUUGUGGCUGUAUCUCUGUUUGGCUUCAACUUCACAGCAUGACAUAGCUUCAACAAGCAAACAGCUAUGCAGCUCUCAGUGUAAAUCGACACACUAUCUAUCUAGCGCCUUGAUAAACUGCUAUUUUUGAUACAAAGACUGUAGUUUCUUAUAGUGAAUGAGCAGAGUCAAUGCUAUAGACCCUUUUGUGACCCCAACCUUCCAAACAUAACUCUACAAAUUAGUAACACAGUGUUGAACAUGCAAAUCUGAGAGGGAGAAUAGAAAAAUGUAUAAUUUCACCUGUUGUUCAGUAGUGGUUUGUCUUUCAA